AUGGACGUGACCCGGGACACGUUCGAGGCUGCGAUCGACGCGCUCGAAGCCGCGGUCGCGGACCCGCACUUCGCGUUCUGGAGGUGCGCGCGCGCGCGCGCGCCGCUCCCCCCGUCGAUUCGCGCACGGGGUGACUCAGAUCGCAUCGUGUUGUUUUUUUCCCACGCGCGCAGCCGCCCGCCGCCGCGUCCCCGCGUCCCCGCGUCCCCGCGUCCCCGCGUCCCCGCCGCUCACCGUCCCUCUGUUCCCCACCUCGCGCGACCAACGCACCGCAGCUUCGACUGCGAGUUCACCGGCCUCAACGCGGGCGCGCACACCGUCUUCGACCUGCUCGACACCCCCGAGGAGCGCUUCCGCAAAGUCCACGCGUGCGUCCGAGCGUUCGCGGUCUUGCAGUACGGCGUCUGCACCUUCCACUUCGACCCGCGCUCGAGGCGGUGGACCGCGCGGCCGUUCAACUUCUGGCUCUUCCCCGAUCACCGAGCCCUCCCGGACGCGAGCGCGUUCGGAUGCCAAGCGUCGUCGCUGUCGUUCCUCGCGAACAACGGCUUCGACUUCAACAAGUGCAUCCGCGAAGGCGUCCCGUACGUGCCGGCUUCGGAGCGCGCGAGGGCGGAGGCGCGCCGCGAUCGAAAUAGGGACCGCCCGCCGAUCGUGCCGAGCAACGACCGCGACCGCGGGGUCGUGGCCGCGCUCAUCGCGGUCGUCACCGCGUGGUUGAAGCUGACCGACGAGAGCGACGACGCGCACGGCGAGCUGGUGUUGGAGCCGACGAACGCGUUUUUGCGCGCGCUGACGUAUCAGGCGCGUUCCGUCUGGUCUCGCGCUGCUUCCCGUACGACCGCGUUCGCGUGGUGA